CGGAAGUGCGAGUUAGAGGCGAGCCACGUGGGUGGAGCUGGAGCGCAGCUCGCAUGGGGGAGUCUAUCCCGCUGGCCGCCCCGGUCCCGGUGGAACAGGCGGUGCUGGAGACGUUCUUCUCUCACCUGGGUAUCUUCUCUUACGACAAGGCCAAGGACAAUGUGGAGAAGGAACGAGAGGCCAACAAGAGCGCGGGGGGCAGCUGGCUGUCGCUGCUGGCGGCCUUGGCCCACCUGGCCGCGGCCGAGAAGGUCUAUCACAGCCUCACCUACCUGGGGCAGAAACUAGGGGGCCAGUCUUUCUUCAGUAGGAAGGAUUCCAUCCGCACCAUCUAUACUUCUCUGCAUAAUGAGCUGAAGAAGGUGGUGACUGGCCGUGGUGCCCUGGGCGGGACCGUUCCUCAUGUGGAAGAACUCCUCUCCCACCUGUCAGAGCAGCUCUGCUUCUUUGUUCAGGCUCGGAUGGAGAUUGCAGACUUCUAUGAGAAGAUGUACACCCUCAGCACACAGAAGUUCAUCAAUGCUGAAGAGCUCGUUGGCCUUUUGGACAGCAUCCUCAAGAAGUACAGCUCCAGAUUUCACCAUCCAAUUCUCAGCCCCUUGGAGAGCAGUUUCCAGCUGGAGGUUGAUGUCCUCGGUCAUCUCUUGAAGGCCCAGUCUCAGGUCUCAGAGUGGAAGUUUCUCCCGUCUCUGGUUAACUUACACAGUGCCCACACCAAGCUGCAGACCUGGGGCCAGAUCUUUGAGAAGCAACGAGAGACCAAGAAACAUCUGUUUGGAGGGCAGUCUCAGAAGGCUGUUCAGCCCCCACACCUUUUCCUUUGGCUGAUGAAACUCAAAAACAUGCUGCUUGCCAAGUUUAGCUUUUACUUCCAUGAGGCAUUGAGCCGACAAACGACUGCUUCAGAAAUGAAAACGUUGACUGCAAAAGCUAAUCCAGACCUUUUUGGAAAGAUUUCCAGUUUCAUCAGGAAAUAUGAUGCUGCCAAUGUGUCCUUAAUUUUUGACAACCGAGGUUCAGAGAGUUUUCAGGGUCAUGGUUAUCACCACCCCCAUUCCUACCGAGAGGCCCCUAAGGGUGUGGACCAGUACCCAGCUGUGGUGUCUCUGCCCAGUGACAGACCUGUUAUGCACUGGCCAAAUGUCAUCAUGAUCAUGACAGACCGCACAUCUGACCUGAACAGCUUGGAGAAAGUAGUCCAUUUCUAUGAUGACAAAGUCCAGAGCACCUACUUCCUGACCCGCCCAGAACCUCACUUUACCAUUGUUGUCAUUUUUGAGUCAAAGAAAUCUGAGAGAGACUCCCACUUUAUUUCCUUCCUCAAUGAGCUCUCACUUGCACUUAAGAACCCCAAAGUUUUUGCAAGUCUGAAACCUGGGUCCAAAGGUUAGCAGGUUAUUUGUAUGAAAGGUUUUUAAGACUGGCAACUGCAUUCUGAAUUGCUCUAAUGAUUCAAGUAGUCUGUGAUUAGAGUUUAUAUCCAUUCAUGCUUCUUUCAAAGCUGAAUUAAAGACAACUUCUCCCUAAUUGUCUUGCACACUUUAUAAUCAAUUAAGGCCAAUUGAAUUAAGUAUCCAAAGAGUAAUCCAGGAAAUGAUCGUGCCUACUGUGUAUUUAUUUCCGUGGUAUGGCAGAAAAGUUUCAGUAUUUUCCACUAUUUUCCUGUGUUUCAUGAUAGUUAAGAUGAAAUAUUUAUUGGCCUUUGAUCUUUGUUUCCAGAUGUUUUAUAUUGUGUUCUAAACAUUGCGUUCUACUGCAAUUCCAACCACCCACUCUCUUCCCCUUCUUCUUAGAAGAGUAAUUGGGGUAAGAUUUUAAACGGCCUUUUUAGAAUUAAUGACUAUAUUUUUCUCUCAUAAAUUAGAAAAUUAAUAUGGAGCUAUUAGUUUUGUGAUUCUAAUUUAUAAAUUAUUAUUUUUAUGCCAAAAUUAAGAUCAUGGUAAGAAAUUUCUAUCAAUUCUUAAAACUGAAGGUGAAUCCGAGUGCUAGCAGAGCAUCAAGUUUUAACAGUUCAGAAGACCCUCAUGGCAACUUUUGUAGCCAUGAGAUCUUUUGGGGUGAUUUACAUACCUAACUGCAUAGUUUGUUUUUCAACUUUUAUAGAGUUUGAAUUUUCCACUCUGAAGUGAAGUCAGCAAAAGCCGUUGCAGAGGGUUUCUUCAUUCUUCAGCAAGUUUACCUGCUUAACUUUCUGUUUAUCACCUUUCUACUGAAAUGUUCAAAUUUUGCUCUAUUCCCUGGUUAUUUUUAGGCUUAAGAAUAAAAACCAUUUAGUUUUGGCUUUUCAGCCACUUUUAGAUACUCAUGCAAGUUAUGCCACUUUUAUAAAAUAAAAAUGAAGGCCUUGAUACUUUAUACUUGCUAAAAAUCAGUUGUACAUUCAAAAGACCUCUUCAUACUUGAGUUUCAACUCAGUACUUAAGCACAUCUGAACUUGGGUUUCAUGCCAGUCUCUACUACAAAUUAUUUUUAGAAGCACUCAUAUAUCUUAACACAUAUUACCUCAAUACCUUACUUUAGUAGGUGGUCAUGGAGAACUAGAUGGAUCAGUUAAGGCAUAAUGGGCUGUGGAGACCUUUACGUCUAGGUUUAUUGAUUCAGAAUAAAAAUAAGCUACA